CAUUCGUCUUACGUUCGACAGUUUCGACACUGAAGAGGGGUAUGACUUUUUGACCAUCUACGAUGGAACCAGUGAUGAUGCUACAGAGUUACAGAGGUUAACAGGUGACCCGUGGCCAAUCAGCCCCAUCAUCAGUACAUCUAACACGAUGUUCCUGAGGUUUACAUCUGACUACAGUGUCACCCGUCAGGGGUUCAACUUCUCCUACAUAAGCAGUACAGCAGGCCAAUGCUGGGAUCCCGGUGUGCCAGCCAAUGGGAUCAGUGAUAACAACAGUAACUUCACAUCAGGACAGACAGUCAGGUACACCUGUAUGGCCGGGUAUUAUCUGUGGGGAACUGCCAAUAUAACCUGCCAGUCUAACGGAACUUGGAGUGAUGCUACACCAAAUUGUGAAGUGAUGAUGCCUCCGGACAACAGAGGAACAGAGUUUGUGGUUGGAUUUCUACAGAACUACGGACCCAGAGAACUGGAGCUGCUCAUCACCGGCGCGAGUUCAGAACCCGCCAACGUCACCAUCACUGCCCCAGGUGCCAACUACACAGAGCAGCUUAUCGUGACUGACGCAGCUGUACAGGUGGUCACCCUUCCACAUUCCAUCAUGCUCAGUGGACACGAGCGGGCUCAGAAAGGCGUCCUCGUCACCGCCGACCGCGAGAUUAUCCUGUACGGCGUGAAUAAGGGGCGGGGCCCCACAGACGGUUUCCUGGGCCUUCCUGUGGACGUUCUCGGCAGAGAGUAUUUCGUUGCUUCCUACACUCCUGCGUAUCGGGAGUAUCCGUCCGAAUUCGCCAUCUUCGGUGUUGAAAACGACACCUUGAUCAACGUCACUGUUAAAGGGACUGUGUACCAUGACGACCAGUACUAUAAUGCCGGGAGCGUCAUCACGUUCUCGCUAGACCGUCUGGAGGCUAUACAAUUUCAGGGCCAGAACUUCUCGGACCUUACAGGUACCCACAUCGUAUCCGACAAGCCGGUGUCCGUCAUGUCUGGCGUGUUGUGUACCAGUGUGCCAACUCAGUCCGACUGGUGUGAUCACCUAGUUGAACACAUCCCGCCCGUCAACACCUGGGGACGUCGCUUCGUCACGGUCCCGCUAGCCGGGCGUCGAGCAGGCGACUUCUUCCGCCUCGUGGCUGCCAGAAACGGUACCACUGUCAAAGUCACUGGUAUGUCGCCUCGUACGCUGAACGCAGGCGAGUUCUGGGAGCUGGACUUUUCGUCCAACACCUACAAGUCUAUCGCGUCCUCUCAGUCGAUCAUGGUACUGCAGUAUAGCAAGGGGCUGGAUUCGGACGGCACCACAGGAAAUCCCUUUAUGAUGUACCUGCCGUCGGUGGAGCAGUUCGCCGCGGACUACACCUUCACCAAUGUCGACACAUGGUACUCGUCCUACCUCAGCUACGUAAACAUCGUCAUAAAGACGUCAAAAACAUCCGGGCUGACGUUUGACGGCAACCCCUUACAUUCCAACACGAUCUGGUCUCCCAUCCCGGACUCUGAUUUGUCCGCUACGCAACUUUACAUCGGCACUGAGGGAACACACAAGAUCAAGCAUGAAUCCGCAAAUGUUGUCUUCUCCUUAACGUACUACGGCUUAUCUGAAGAUGGCUCCGUCGGUUUUCCCCUGGGUCUCCGACUGGCCAACAUCCCCGGCGGAUGUGACGUCACAGAACCAAUAGUCGGCGACGGAAUCGACAACGACUGUGACCAACUGGUGGACGAGGAGCAACUGAACGGAAUUGAUGAUGACAGUGACGGUCUCAUUGACGAAGAUUUGGCUGACACUACAACCGAGACGACUACUCUAGUCAACGCAAGAACAGAGCCGACCACUCUGUCAUCCAACACGACAACAGAGCCUACCACAACAACAUUGCUAAUCAAUGUCACGACAACUCAGCUUUCAACUUCACCAGACGCAAGUGGAACAAUGGCUACAACAGCUGUUGCGGACUGCGGAUGUCCAUUGCUGCCCUCCGAUACUGAUGUUAGCCUGACCGCAACGACCACUGGCUCCGUGGCAACUUACCGCUGCAAGACGGGAUUUCAGUCCGCGAACGGGAACACAACGCUUACCUGUGGCAGCGAUGGGGAAUGGAAGGGCACACUGCUAACUUGUGAAGCAAUAAUCCCCUGUAUCCGAUUCUGUGGGUUUGGAAGCUGUUUUGUUGAUGGCGACAUUCAGAAGUGUGACUGCAAUACAGGAUACGGAUUUUUUGGUCUUUCCCAGUUUUGCCUAGACAUCAAUGAAUGCGAAGACGGUUUGGAUUAUUGCUUGGGCCGGCCAGCCUGUGUGCCUAACGCGAGGUGCAUCAACUCUCCGUACGGCUCGUACACGUGCCGGUGUCCCAGUGGUUAUACUGGUGACGGGAGAACAUCAUGCGAAGAUGAAGACGAGUGUCUGUCGGCUCCAUGUUCCGAGUUUGCCAACUGCACCAACACAGAAGGCAGCUACACCUGUCAGUGUCUGGACGGAUAUGUGGGGUCUGGCACGGUUUGCACAGAAAUCAACGAGUGCAGCUCCAGCCCCUGUAUCGGUGGAACGUGCGAGGAUUGGAUCAACGGGUACACCUGUACCUGUCGUGAGGGGUUUGCUGGGGAGAGGUGUGAAAUAAAUGUCAACGAUUGUAAACCUCCACCCUGUCUCAACAAUGGGACCUGUAGUGACAGGAUCAACACCUACAGCUGUGACUGUGUGGAUGGGUGGGAGGGAAUCAACUGUGAAGAGGACAUGGAUGAGUGCACGUCUGAUCCUUGUCACCGGCAUGCUCACUGUGGAAAUACAAACGGCUCCUUUAUCUGCACCUGUAAACAAGGUUUCCAUGGAGACGGAUUUGAAUGCACCGAAACUGAUGAGUGUGCUUCCGAUCCCUGCCAAAAUGGAGGAACUUGCAUAAAUGGACUUAAUGAGUAUUCGUGUGACUGUCCAAGUGAAUGGCAGGGCGUUAACUGUGAAAUAGAUGUUAAUGAGUGCCUCCGAGAAAAAUGCCAUCAGAACUCAGCCUGUAACAACUCACCGGGAAGCUACAGCUGCACAUGCAGGGAAGGUUUCUAUGGAAAUGGUCUCACAAAGGAUAAACUCGUGUGUAGAGAAACCAUCCUUUUCCCUUACGGUGAAGAACAAGGGGACAUGUUACUGCCUGACACAGACGACCACAAAGACAUCUCUCUGCCGUCUCUGAUUGACACCAGUAUGGGGUUCCCUUUCUUUGGACAGUUCUACUACAGCCUUUACUUCUCCGAUAACGGGUUGAUAAUAUUCCCGCCGACGGCGCAGUCCCGUGCGCGGAGGGAACCCUACCCGAACCCCAGUCUGUUCAGGAGGAACCAGACCGUACAGGCAGGAUUCCCUCCUAUGGUAGCAGCGUCAUGGGGAGAUGUGGAUCUCACAACGGACGUGGGGAAAGUCUGGUAUCAGGUGUAUUCUGAUGACAGCUCAGUAGACAAUGCCACACAGACAGUGUUUGACAUGGUUUCUACGAGGAUGUACCAGUCCUUCAGCGACACGUUUGUGCCCACCUGGGUACUGGUGGUGACCUGGGACAGUGUACCCUCUGUCGAGGCAAUGUACACAAAACAAAACCCAAACACAUUCCAAGCCGUCCUGGCCACAGAUGGAUCAGAUUCCGUCGCUUUCCUGACCUAUAAGGAAGACGAGAUGCUGUGGACCAAUGAAACCCAGGACGUUCUUCUCGGGUACAACAGCGCUAACGGUGCCAACUUGGAAAACAUCCGGCUGGCAGAUCCGUACAGACCCGACCAAGUCAACGGGAACACGGGGCUGAAAGGACGAUGGGCGUUUAAGUUGGAGAGCGAUGUCACACGGAAAACGAACUACAAGAAGCUGUGUAGUGAGUGGUACAAGACAGAGCCAGACCCUUCAGAGUGGAUUGUAGGAGAAGGCCUGUGUCCCUGCACGCUGCUACAGGCACUGAGGGACCUACGGUUCGCCCCUGUUACAUCGACAUUGUCACCCUUUGACAUCUGGUCACUGCUUCUGGUCAAUCAAGAUCUGGAAGUUUGCUUCAGUCCUCUGUUUGCCAGCCCGACUGGUUCCAGUGUAGACUGUUGUUACAAGUUCCUGGCCCUGAACACUGAGAUACCCCUGGCUGGAAGUCACCACAGAUAUCAACGGUUCUCACAACUUCACACUGACUUUGACGUGAAUCCCAAGUCCUGGUGCUGUAGCCUGUCUGACGAUGAAGACUUCUGUAACCUGUACUAUGAAAAGAGGCCUCCAAACAGCUGUUCUUUCUACAGGCCACCACGUUUAGCCAUAACGUGGGGAGAUCCUCACAUGAAGACACUAGACGGUCUCGCCUACACGUUUAACGGGUUAGGAGAGUUCACCCUUGUCAAGACGAGUGGGGCCAGUGUUGAGUUCAGGCUGCAGGGGCGCACAGAGAAAGCCAUCGCCAACGGUACCCAGGAAGUGGCUGAGGCUACAGUCUUCACGGCAUUCGCAUCAAAGCAAGAUGGCUCCUCGACGGUUGAAAUGGGUAUGAACAAAGACCGGACAAAUAUGACACUGAUAGUGGAUAAACGGUCCAUCAACAUCACUGACCUACGGCAGAACGGUGCGCAGCGUUUCGCCAAUCUGACUCUUCAGUACAAUUUCAACUCGAACCAGACCAGUGUGGCCGCCUCCUUUUCUUCGGGAAUAACAGUGACCGUCACGCUCCAGAAACUCAUGCUGAAUGUACAGUUCGGAGCACCGGAUUCUUUCGAGAACACUACCCGAGGCAUGCUGGGUGUUUGGAACGACAACAUUUUGGACGACUUCACCUAUCCUAACGGCACGGUACUGCAGGCACCAGAGGACAGAAAUCUAACAGAGGAAGAAAUAUUCCCAUGGGGAUUAUCAUGGCAAAUCAAACAAGACGAAAGUCUAUUCACCUACGAGGAUGGACAAAACGCAUCUUCCUUCGCCAAACCAGAUUUCAGGCCAAAAUUUCUCAACCAACUUCUAGCAGCUGUCUCCGCCGAUAAACGAAGCAAGGCUGAGGUUCUGUGUGGCACAAAUGUAGAAUGUCUCUUUGACUUUCUCAGCACAAACGACGCAGAAGUGGGAGAACAAACCAGAUCAAGUAUUGUGACUUUCGAUUCAGACGCAGAGACACUGGCCAACUUUCCACCCAACAUCACAACCAACGCCACAGUCAAUGGGAUAGUUGGACAGCAGGUGGAACUACAGGUCAUUGCUGUUGACCCUGAGGACAAUCCUUUGAGGUAUUCCAUUGGCAACGUCAACAACACUCCUGGGGCAACUAUCAACCCCGUUAACGGUAUCCUUAGAUGGACUCCCAGAAGCCUACUACCAGUGCAACUAGAGAUUAUUGCCCAAGACAACAAAGGAGCCUCUUCGUCGACCUACCCCAUGGUGAAACUCUGCAAUUGUCAACACGGUGGAAUCUGCAACUUUGUCACUAGGGACUUCACUGGAGAUAUCAACCCUGUGGGACAGUUCCAGGUUGUUUCCUGCUCGUGCCCUGAAGCCUGGACAGGAGAGUUCUGUGAGACUGAUAAGAAUGAAUGUGAGGAGGACCCGUGUUAUCCAGGAGCGGCGUGUACAGAUAUGGUAGCACCUAAACAUGGCUUCGAAUGCGGACCAUGCCCCAAUGGUCUGGAUGGGACUGGGGUGAAGUGUUAUGAUAUCAAUGAGUGUGUGCAAGGUCAGCUUUGUGAACAGCCCCAUAACUGUGUGAAUAUCCUGGGCAGCUACACCUGUGGCUGCGACCUUGGUUACCACCUAGACAGCAAUGGCCUCAACUGUACUGAUAUAAACGAGUGCGACAUUAGCACAGCUGAUUGUGCAGUUGAGGCGACAUGCACCAACACAGAGGGCAGCUUUACCUGUACCUGUACUGCCGGAUAUACUGGCAAUGGGACCUACUGCGCAGAUGUUGAUGAAUGUACGACUAGUGCCUCCUGUGAUCGCAAUGCAGUAUGUGACAACACUGUUGGAUCCUACACAUGCACAUGUAAGGCUGGCUAUGAAGGCAGUGGACGCAGAUGUGAGGACAAAGAUGAGUGUGUUGAUCCGGACAUCUGCCACACAAAUGCAAGAUGUACCAACUCCAUCGGCUCCUACAGCUGCAGCUGCAACUCUGGUUACCGCCGCAAGGGAGCAGUGUGCACCAACGUGGAUGAGUGUGAAGAGCUGCUGGACAACUGUAGCCCGGGGCAGGGGAUCUGUACAGAUAACCCUGGGUCCUAUAGCUGUGCCUGUAGGGGUGGAUAUGAAGGAGACGGGAUCACAUGUCAAGAUGUUGACGAGUGUUCAGAUGCUGCUCUGAACAGCUGCACUGAGAACGCGGAUUGUACCAAUACGGAGGGCUCUUAUAACUGCCUGUGUACAGAUGGAUAUGAAGGGAUCGGUACAGUCAUUUGCACCGAUGUAAACGAGUGUGGAAGUUCUAUAGAUGACUGUGCUCAUGAGGCAACCUGCACAAACUCUCCGGGAUCUUACACGUGUUCGUGUAACGCGGGAUUCGUCGGGAAUGGGAUUCAGUGUGAAGAUAUUGAUGAAUGUGUAAGGGGAGAAGCUUACUGUGACAUCGACACAAAAGCCGUCUGUACCAACCUGAUUGGAGGCUACAACUGUACAUGUUAUAAUGGUUACGAAGGAGACGGCAGGCACUGCACAGAUGUGAAUGAGUGUAUGACUGACAACGGUAAAUGCUCUAUGAACUGCUCCAACACUGAUGGAAGUUAUACCUGUAGCUGUGAGGAUGGAUACAGGCUAGCGGUCGAUGGUUUCAAGUGUGAUGAUAUUGACGAGUGUGCAGAACAGCUGGAUGACUGUGAACAGGCCUGUACAAACACAGACGGUGGGUUUAACUGCUCGUGCGUCCCAGGAUUCAUUCAAGUUGGGGACUCCUGUAAAGCCUCUGUAAAUUGCACCAGAACCGUCUGCACGAAUGCUAACUGCUUUGUGAAGAAUGGAAUCGAGAGUUGCCUGUGUUUUUCUGGCUACACCAUCACCAACAAUGGCACAGUUUGUACUGACAUCGACGAAUGUUCAAGUGACACCCUGAAUGCCUGCGACCAGCUGUGUAACAACACAAACGGAGGUUACACGUGUGGUUGCGACAGUGGCUACAUGAUUGGUACUGAUGGUCGACAAUGCACUGAUAUUGAUGAGUGUUCAGACAGCAGUCUGAACGAUUGUGAUCCCAAUGCCUUCUGCAACAACAACCAGGGAGGGUACACCUGUAGCUGCAGACAGGGCUACAUCGGCAAUGGGACAUCCUGUGAAGAUAACGAUGAGUGCACAUUCGGCAGUCGAAUUGUGAAUUGCAGUGCGAAUGCUCAGUGUUUCAACUUCAACGGUGGUUUCAACUGCACCUGUCGGGACGGGUAUACAGGAGACGGCUUCUUCUGUGCCGAUGUGGAUGAGUGUACAGGUGAUUCAGCACACUGCCAUGAGCAAGCAGUAUGCACAAACGUCCUGGGCAGCUUUGAAUGUACCUGCAAAGAUGGGUACAACGGCACCGGAACAGUAUGUGAAGACAUUGAUGAAUGUGAAGAAGGAAUUAGUCAGUGUGAUGGAAACGCAACUUGCACCAACACUGCUGGCUCCUACACCUGCACAUGUGAUGAUGGGUACAUAGGUACAGGGAGAACCUGUACAGAUGUGGACGAGUGUUUAAGUGGGCAAGAUGACUGCCAUGAACAGGCAUCAUGUCUAAACACGGAGGGCAGCUAUGUAUGCUCCUGCAAUACUGGUUUUACAGGCAUCGGGACGUCUUGUGGAGAUGAAGAUGAAUGUAGAGAAGGCACAGAUACCUGCACAGAAAACUCGGUGUGUACGAACACCGUCGGUUCCUUCACGUGUCCCUGUAAGCCUGGUUACUUCGGUAAUAACUGUGUGGAUGUCCAUGAGUGUGAGGACGGCAUUGACAACUGCCAUGGCCACGCAGACUGUACAAAUACCCCUGGUUCCUACAGAUGCACUUGUCAUUCUGGUUACUUUGGAGAUGGAACGGUCUGUACAGCAGUGACAACAGAAAGCACCCGAACUCCAACAACAACAACAACAACAACACCAACACCAACAUCAAUGACUGUCACUCCUGAGCCGCCAAAACCACGAAAGUUUGUACCAGCCCAAAUAACAAUGGAGAGGAAGUUUAGUGCUAAAUACAAUGACAAGACUUCAGCAGAGUACAUGGAAUUAUCAUCACAGUUGAAAACAUCACUCUCUGUCAUCUACACCGGAAUUCCUGGUUUCAUCGAAAUUAUCAUCAUCCAAUUAGUCGAGGGUAGUGUAAAGGCCCGAUACGCCGCUGUUUUCGCCGUGGAAGAAUCUCAACCUGACAGCAUCAUCCAGGAUAUGGCUAAGACGAACCUUCAGCAGGCGAUCACUAGCGGCAGGUUUGACCCCGCGCUCCAGGUCACCAGCAGUAACAGCCUGCAGCCGAUUGUACUUACGGAAGAAGAGCUGGAGCAAGUGGUUGGAGGAUUCUGCCAGGAUGUGCAGUGUGGGGAGGGGGGCGUGUGUUCACGGACUGAGCCGUACCAAGGAGCUGUCAUAGCGGAGUGCCAAUGUCAGGAAAACUUCUGCAACACGGGUACCUGUGAGUACAACGUUCAAGAGGGACCGAAAUGCUCCUGCCCGGCAGUAGAGGGUUCCUGGUACGGAGGGGAGCGAUGUCAGAUCCGUUUGACCCAAGCGGACGUGAUCGGUAUUGCAGCAGGUUGUUUGUGUGCGUUGCUGGUGGUCGCCCUGCUGGUGGCUGUCUGUAUGGCCAAGAGGUCCAGGCAUUCAGCCAAAAUGAGUUACAGGAUUACCUCACCUCCCGUCACCCUACCCAACUACUACACCGCCUCAGAGUCGUGGCAACCGUUUCGUGGCCUUCCGGUCACUGACCUAAGUGAAGACCAGGACGACUACCUUUCACCUGUGGAAUCCCUGGGAACCAGAGGAGGUCCUUUCUUCAACCCAAGCGUGGAGAAUAUACCAACUGGAGAGUUGAAGAUCCCUCGCCCAUCGGUGAUGAAACCAGUUUCUCCUAAACACGAUGAAGAUGAAGGCUGUUUCCAGACCUUUGAGUUCAAGUUCUGAACAUGAGGAACCGGCAGCGAGAAGCCAGUUACAAAUAAACAUCAAGAUGACUAUGAAUAAUUAGUCUUGCAAGAAAAGAACACUAAAAAAAACAGACUGAAAAAUGGG